AUGAUGGCGUUCCGUGCUCCUCUGCGACUUCAAUUGGCCAAGUGCCAGCUCGGUCUGGCCGUCGCCCCGCGUAUCAACACCCGCGCGCUCUCUUCUGCGGCCGCUGCCGCCACGAAAGACGUCAAGAGCAACUUCGGCAAGCAGUCCUCAGUAACCAACCCUGAUCCGACCGAAGACUCACCGAGCGCCGCUCUCGUCCGCGAACAUGCGCCGUACAUGGUCGCCACAUAUGCCCGGCCACCGCCCGUCUUCGUGCAGGGCCAAGGAUCUCUGCUCUGGGACGUCGAGGGUAGGAAAUACCUCGACUUCACCGCUGGUAUCGCCGUCAAUGCCUUGGGACACUGCGACCCAGAGCUGACCCAGAUUCUGACGGAGCAGGGUAGCACGCUCAUGCACGCCUCGAACCUCUACUACAACCCCUGGACCGGCGCCCUCUCCAAGCUGCUGAUCGAAAAGACCCGCGAGGCCGGUGCCAUGCACGACGCCAACUCGGUCUUUGUCUGCAAUUCGGGCUCCGAGGCCAACGAGGCCGCCAUCAAGUUCGCCAGGAAGGCCGCCAAAGUCAGCCAGCCCUCGGGCGACAAGUACGAGGUUGUCUCCUUCAAUAAUGCCUUCCACGGCCGCACCAUGGGCAGCUUGUCCGCCACCCACAACCCCAAGUACCAGGAGCCCUUUGCGCCGAUGCUGCCCGGCUUCAAGCUCGGCGCCUUCAACGACGUCGCCGCCAUCAACGAGACCGUCACCGAAAAGACCUGCGGCGUUAUCGUCGAGCCCAUCCAGGGCGAGGGCGGCGUCACGCCCGCGACGGACGAUUUCCUGAUCGCCCUGGCCAAGCGCUGCCGCGAGGUCGGCGCCGUCCUCAUCUAUGAUGAGAUUCAGUGCGGUCUGUCCCGCACCGGCACCUUCUGGGCCCACACCCACCUGCCCAGGGAGGCCCACCCGGACAUUAUCACCACCGCCAAGGCGCUCGGCAACGGCUUCCCCAUCGGUGCAACCAUCGUCAACAACAACGUCUCGGAGAAGAUCAAGGUCGGCGACCACGGCACCACCUUUGGCGGCAACCCCCUCGCCUGCCGCCUGGCCCACAACAUCGUCUCCCGCCUCGCCGACCCCAGCCUGCAAAAGGCCGUCGCCGCCAAGGCCGAAAUCUUCAAGACCCGCUUCGACUCCCUGCGCGAGCGCUUCCCCGAACUGAUUAAGGAGGUCCGCGGCCGCGGCCUCAUUCUCGGUCUCCAGCUCACCCAGGAUCCCACGCCGAUCGUCAAGGCCGCCCGCGAGCGCGGUCUGCUGAUCAUCACUGCCGGCACCAACACCCUGCGUUUCGUGCCCCCGUUGACCAUUACUGAGGAGGAGAUCCAGCAGGGCUUGGAUAUCCUAGAGGAGGCCAUCUCCGUCACCCACUCAUGA